UUCAUCAUUCCUCGUCGACGUCGAUUUUUCAAGGAAAGUCAUAAAGAAAAAACCCUUUAUCAUUGAAGUUACGGCCGUAAAUUUGUGAUUAAAUUUGAUUAUUUAUGUUGAAAUCUGUUUACUUGUCUUCUAAAAUCACUUGAAUCGUGUAGUUUGCGUUACGUGGUAUCGGUCGGUGCGCAGUUUGUGACAAAAAACGCACUCGCACAGAAAAAUAUUCGAUAUCGACACAAAGGUGUUGCACGGGACACGAAGUACGAAGAAACUGCGGUGGAAUUAGUUGGUGGUUACUAUUUUGCUUUCGCUGGUACAAUACUUGGACACGGGGGAAAUAUCUGGGCGGUACUGAAAUUCUGUUCAAGGAAGGUACCUGGUCGGUCUCCGACACACCUUUGUGUAUUGCAACGUUUGAAGGUUGAAUAAGUGUCGAUACCGGAAGUGUCACCACCAUGGGGAUCCUGGGAAACUCAUCACUGGCUACAGAUAUAGAAAAAGCCACCAGUGACACCAACACCCAGGAGAAAUGGGGUCUGAUCAUGGAAGUUUGCGACAAAGUGACGAACGGUGCAGUCACCUCCAAAGACUGUCUCUCGGUCAUCGUGAAACGGCUUAAUCACAACGAUCCACACGUGGUUAUGCAGGCCAUUACGCUACUGGAUGCAUGCGUUAGCAACUGUGGCAAACAGUUCCAUCUGGAGGUGGCCUCACGAAACUUCGAAACCGAAUUCAAGAAGUUACUCCAAAAGAGCCAAUCGAAAGUAAACACGCGUCUAAAACUCUGCUUGAAAAAGUGGGCAGAGUCCGAGUUCAAAAGUGAUCCGCAGCUCAAUCUGAUUCCGACACUGUAUCAAAAGUUGCGUUCCGAGGGACAAGAUUUUAGUGAUCCUUCGGUGACUCCCAAGAGGGAAAUUCCGAUGAGCACGAAUCCGAACGUGGUCUCUAGUCAGCAAGAGGAGGAUGACAUUGCAAAGGCCAUUGAGCUGUCUCUGAAGGAAUCCAAAAGUGGAGGAUCGGGAAGCAGCAAUCCAUCGCCAAAGAUGUCUAGUGGAGGAGGAGGUAGUAGUGCUGGGAGUUCGUUAUACCCAACUGCUCUGCUCGCUGCGGCGGCACCGGUAGUGGAGCCUAGAAAGGUUCGUGCCCUGUACGACUUCGAGGCGGCCGAGGACAACGAGCUGACGUUUCAGGCGGGUGAAAUUAUCAUGGUGUUGGAUGACAGCGAUCCAAAUUGGUGGAAGGGACAGAACCAGCGAGGGGAGGGGCUGUUUCCCUCUAAUUUCGUCACAUCGGAUCUGAACGCCGAACCGGAAGGCGCUGUGGGUGGAUCAUCGACUGGCAAGAGCAAAAAGAAUGUGCAAUUUUCCGACGAGCAGAAAAAGGAAGAGGAAAAUGGUUCAGCCAAAGAUCAAACGAUUGAGAUAAACGAGGAGAAAAUUGAUCGUUUGUUGCACCUGCUGCAUGAAGCAGAUCCCGAGGAUCCAUCGGCGGAUACCGAGGAGAUGUUGCAGUUGGAACAAGUGGUAAACCAGAUGGGACCAUUGAUCGACACGGAACUGGAACGUGUAGAUAGGAAACAUGCGCAAUUGACACAGUUAAGCAGCGAUUUGGUCGAGGCGAUCAAUCUUUAUCAUACGCUAAUGAGAGAACCCGAUCGGUCGAUGAUGAUGGGAGUCGGUCCAACAGGGUAUGGAAUGCCGGGCUUCCCCGGACCAUCUGGCAUGCCUGGAAUGUAUAGCAUGCCAGGGAUGUAUAAUCAGAAUAUGCCAGGCAUGUAUCCUACAAUGAAUGGAAUGCCCGGAGCUGUACCACCAUACGGAAUGCCUCAAUUGCGGCAUGAUCUAGGACAAAUGAAUGUCAGUUCUGUACCACAGUUUCCACCCCCACAGCAAGCAAUGCCAACAAUGUCCCAAACUGGACCAGCUAGUUUACCUUCUCAUCAGCUACCGAUGAGUGCAGCUCCUGGUGUCGCAAUGCAAACUCAUGUCCAUCAACCUCAGGUUGGACCCAAUAUGCAUCCUCAGCAACAUCAGCAACAACAGUCUCAACAUAUGCCCAAUAUGACGAUUCCAUCGCAGCUGAUGGGACCACCCCAACACCAACAACAACAACAACAACAGCAACAGCAUCCACCUGCAACUAACAUAGCUCCCCACACGGUAAUGAAUAUGAGUCAUAUGCAAUCGUCAUUGCCACCAAAUUUCUCGAAUCCCACAUCACCGCCCCCCACGGUAAGUUCGGCACCAUCUUCUCUAGUUCAACAACAAAUGCCAAUGGGGGCAGCAGGAGUCACAAACCAGUCUGCUGUACGUCCGCCACCACCACCAGCAGCAGUAGCAGCAACAGCAACGCAACAACAACCGCAGCUUGCUGGUAAUUAUGCAAACUACGUGCCACCUCAGCCGCAGCCACAGCAACUACCACAAUCCGCACCACCAGUACCAGUGAAUGUUCCAGCUCCUCCACAACAACCGACCGCAACGGCACCGCCACCUAAUAGUAUGAAUCCUCACCAGAAUCACAGUCAGAUGACUUCCUUGCCACCAUUUCAAAGCACCACCCUUCCACCGUACAUUCAGAUGCCUCCAGGAAUGGCCCCAGGCGGUGGUGGUGGUGGUUUCGGAACCCAUCAUCUUCAGCAUCAUCAUAUGCUAGGAAUAAUACCACCGGGAGGUCCUCUCACGAUCAAUACCGCUACCAGUUCACCGCAGAACAUUCCAAUCUACCAACAGCAACGAGCUCCUGAUCGAACGACAGCGGAGCAGACUUCGAAACCAAGUGCGCGGCAUUCUCGAGAGGUCAAUGGUUAGGGUACAACUGGAACUGGAACCGCAAUAAGUGCAACAAGCAAACAUUUUUUUUUGCAGAUCAGAUUAAACGCGAAAAACUUUCGGUUGGCCGCAUUCGGCAGCGUAGUUUCGUAGUUCCUGGAACGAAAAAACAGAUAGAAACAACAUUUCCGUAUGCGGCCAUUAUGCGUUUGCAGAGCAAAAUUUUGAAAUGAAUAAAAGCUAGGGAACACACGAAAGGCGUACUGUGUGCUUUGGCGUCUACUAGCACCUUUUUAGAUCCAUCACUAGCAUGCUAGAGAAGAAGAAUAUAGAAAACAUUAUUACGAAAUGCUACCCCUAUUAAUAAAGGAUUAUGUAUUUAUGAUUAUGUCUGGGUAACAGCGUUGACAUUUACGAAGGGACACACAGUCUACCUACUGCUCUGCGGCUUGCGGAUAAAUGUAUAAUAUAUUUAAAUGAAGCUGGCAGUAAAUAAAGUUAUUCAACAAAA